UCACCAGCCGUCUUCUCUCCCUGGUCUCUGCUCAUUUCCUGUACUAUGUCUGCAGUCUCUGGUUAUCUCCUCUACUAUGUCUGCAGUCUCUGGUCAUCUCCUCUACUAUGUCUGCAGUCUCUGGUCAUCUCCUGUACUGUGUCCGCAGUCUCUGGUUAUCUCCUCUACUAUGUCUGCAGUCUCUGGUCAUCUCCUGUAGUAUGUCUGCAGUCUCUGGUCAUCUCCUGUAGUAUGUCCGCAGUCUCUGGUCAUCUCCUGUACUAUGUCCGCAGUCUCUGGUCAUCUGUAGUAUGUCUGCUGUCUCUGGUCAUCUCCUGUAGUAUGUCUGCAGUCUCUGGUCAUCCCCUGUACUGUGUCCGCAGUCUCUGGUCAUCUCCUGUACUAUGUCCGCAGUCUCUGGUCAUCUGUAGUAUGUCUGCUGUCUCUGGUCAUCUCCUGUACUAUGUCUGCAGUCUCUGGUUAUUUCCUGUACUAUGUCUGCAGUCCAUCGGUUCAGAAUAUUUUUUUUCUUGUUUUCCU